AUGGCUGCCUUCAACUCCAUGCCGGCGAUGCCUGCCGCCUCUGCGGUGCCCAGCGAUGCGAUGGGAUUAAAUCACGGUCCGCCUCAGUCCAUGAACAUUGACUCAUUUGAUCCCGAGCUCAACUUUCACGAAUCUCUGCUCGAUGGCAGUGCGCUACCACCUCUCCCGUUUACGCCCUCAUAUGAAUUCGAAAACUUUGUCACAACCUUUGAAGACCCAUUUUCCUACUCGUCUCGCCCAUUCGAGCCCAUCACCAACCAGGAUGUCGCGAUUGACGAGUCAUCUCCCCAAGAGCUGGACAACAAGCUCUUGGGAUUCUCUGACCCGAUUAUGCACGCGAGCAUAGUGGAUGAAGCAGGCACUUUUACCGAUCUGGACAUGACGGCCGAACUCUACGGCAUGUUCUUUGUUGCCGAAGAUGUGUUUGGCGGGGAGAAUAGCGGUCGUCCGUUGGAGUUGACGUGUUAUCGUCGCAACCUGUGGCAGUGCUCUGGACAGAUUACCUUGCCGAGGACCUUGAACAAUGUCAUAGACGAACAAGGCCAGCAUGUUGCCAUAACAGAACUGUCUGCAUCUAUAACAGGCAUAGAAUCGAUUGAAGGAAAACCCGCCGAAAUCAUCUCGAUCCCAUGGAAAGGCGCAAACCCUCAGCUGGAAGAGACGAAAGUCGCGGGGCCCCCUCCCAGCAUGACUCUGGAUCUUAGCAUUGGCCGAGAAAUUGACGCCAACAGAGUGUCUCUGCCUAUAUCCUGGAAGAGACUGCAGUUUAAGCACGCCACGGCUAACAACGGCCGACGAAAGGGGUUGCAACAGCAUUACUUGGUGCAGAUCAACUUGCUUGGCAAGACCAAGACGGGAGAUAUUAUGAAGAUUGCAGAGAUACAAUCUGGUCCAGUCAUUGUUCGUGGGCGAAGCCCCCGCAAUUUCGAUAGUAGAAAGGACGUACACCUCACCAGCGACAAGAAGGUGGAGAGGAGAAACACAAACAGCACUGAUAAUCCUACGCCAAAGAUGGAGCGGGACAACUUGAUGGCUUCUUUACCCAAAUACCCAUCUUCAAAUGGAAGCGAAUGGGCUACUCCACAGGCUGUACCUCAACCCAACCAGAGCCCACACCCAGCGAAGCGGAUGGCCCUUUCUCCUACAGUCUCACUCCCACCAGUUCCGGCCUGGACGGUAGACAACCCCACAGGGAAGAAUCCCCUUUCGGGCCACCGAAACUCUUUCUCACGGCCACCCAACCCCACGGCCCCCAUUACGCUAUCUCUAUCAGAAGACGAAAAGAGUCCCAACAGAUCAAGCGCUGAGCUUCAGAGCCCGCAGCUGUCCAAGGCUUAUCCAGCAAACGGCCAAAACGCCAGCAACAGUCCAGCUGAAGAAGCAGAUCCGCUCUACGAAUACUUUCCUUUGAGCGUGGACGAUUGGAUGCCGCCAGUAGAUGCUGUCUAUAGGCCGCACAUAGUUCAUCAUACGAUCGCUCCACCAGAGUUCAAGGCUCAACAGAUAAGCCGUAAAGUCAAGCGCUACUUUACCGCUGAUUAG